AUGGCAGACGCGAGUUCACGAGCCUCCACACCUGUGGAAGAUUCUUAUUCUUCAAUGCCUUCCACCCCUGUGGAAAAUUCUUAUUCUUCAAUGCCCUCUACCCAUGUGGAGGAUUCUUCAAUGCCCUCCACACCUAUGGAAUAUUCUUCACGACCAUCCACACCUGUGGAAGGUUCUUCACGAUCCUCCACACCUGAGGAAGAUUAUUCAAAACCUCCCGCCCUGCCUGACCAGCUGAUGCGGAAGUGCGCCGAAUACCAUGAUCGGAAGACCCAGGGCGCCCCAAAGUCCGACUACAUGGAGAUUAGCGAGAUUCUCGAGGAGCUUGAAGAGGAUGAUGCGCUGUACGUCGUUGGUUUGGUUCAAAUGUAUAAGGGCCCGAAUACAAAGAUCGAAAAUGAUUUAUAUGAAACUGGCGAAUUCGUUUUUGAUAUAAGUACUUUACCGGAUUCGACAUACACGCUAAUCUGGAAAUAUCUGUCCAGGAGGGGUCUUAUUGACUAA